CCGAGCCUGAGCUGAGCUGAAUUCUCAACAAGAUGGCAAAGUUUCUCCCGUUUCUUGCAGUGUUAUUCGCCUAUUUUGUACCAUCGCGUAGUAUACAGGUAAACCCAGUCAUACAGGAGGAGCAACUGUUAUGGAUAUCUGGCGAGGAUAAUGUGGGCAUCUAUCGUAUCCCUCUACUGACGUACACCCCUAAAGGUGACCUGCUAGCGAUCUGUGAAGCCCGUAAAAAUGGCGGAGGAGAUGCAGGACCGAAGUUUCUGGCCACAAGGAGAUCAAAGGACAAAGGCCAAACCUGGUUGCCAGAGAAGUUUAUCCUGAACGAUGGACCAGUCGUCGACGGCCUGAAUCUGGGCGUGGUCUUGGUGGACGACAUGACUUCGACCAUCUUCAUCUUCUACCAGGUGUGUGGGCAUUACGUCCAGUGCAACAUCUCAACCCAGUACUACAUCAAGAGUACUGACGAUGGCAUUACCUGGACGCAGCCCUACAACGUCUCCAAACAGGUCGGUACCAAGAUGUUUGCUGGUGGUCCUGGCUAUGGAAUUCAGAAAAAGCAUGCACCUCAUAUAGGAAGGCUGAUCCUGUGUGGUCAUAGCACAUUGCCUGGUGACGGCCUGUUUUGCCUGCUCAGUGAUGACCAUGGGGACACCUGGAGAUAUGGUGGAAGUAUCAAGAGCAUUCCUUACAACACCAACAAGAUCAAAGGAGACUUUGUACCAGAUGAAUGCCAGCCUUUGGAACUGCCCGAUGGCUCCAUAAUGGUCAACGUAAGGAACCAAUACCAGUACCAUUGCCACUGUCGAAUGGUCGUCAUGAGCUACGAUGGAGCGGAUUCUUUCAAGACGGAUGACCUUCGGUUUGACACGACCCUCGUUGACCCCACUGUAGCGGCUUCUAUUCUUUAUCACCAUGGAGUCCUCUUCUUCAGCAAUCCAGAGGAUGAUUUACAUAGAAUCAACCUGACACUGCGUUGGAGCUACGACAACGGGACAACCUGGGCUAGCGCCCUCUCAGUCUGGCCUAAGGCUAGUGGUUACAGCACCAUGAUGGCUAUCCCAAAUAACCUUCAAGAGAGCAAGUAUAUCUAUAUCUUGUAUGAGAAGGGACAGAAAUCCGCAACAGAGACCCUCUCUCUUGCUAAAAUAAGCAUAACGGGAGAUUUGUAGUGACAGUUUUCCCCAAGAUGUCUAUCUGAAUGGUGUAAUUACAUGAAUGUUGUUUUGUUGUGAUUGAGAAAGUGAUAUAUUCAGAUUAUAUUUUCAGGUAUAUUUUCUUGAUUGUGACAAAAUUUGAUUCAAAUGUUUAAGGCUUGCUGGGGAAGUUCCAUUGUACUGAAAAUACAGUUUCUGGCUUGCACCCAGUAAAUAGGGUCGCAUUGAUCAAUUUCAGUUGUUGGAACCAGCAGGAUUUGAACCUCAGAUCUACUGAUUGCUGGUCAGUGACCUUACCACCAGGCCAUCACUGGUCUGCCGUACAGUCACUAUGAAAUGAGAACAAAUACACUC